GGCCGGGGCCCCGCGAAGCUGUGCCCUCAGGCCGGACCCAGGCAGACAACCUUAUCCCCCCAGGGGUCCGGCAGAGGGCAGUGACCAGCCCCUUCUGUGCGUCCUGGGCCCCUCUGAGAAACAGGCUGGAGUGCAAUGGCGUGAUCUCAUCUCACUGCAACCUCUGACUCCCAAGUUCAAGCAAUUCUCCUACCUCCGCCUCCUAAGUAGUAGCUGGGAUUUCAGGCAUGCAUCACCAAGCCCAGCUAAGUUUUUGUAUUUUUUUUAGUAGAGGCAGGGUUUCAUCAUGUUGGCCAGGCUGGUCUCCAACUCCUGACCUUAGGUGAUCCGCCCACCUCAGCCUCCCAAAUUGCUGGGAUUACAGGCGUGAGCCACCGUGCCCAGCUGGACUUUGCUUUCAAGAGUGUCCUGGUGCAGAUAACUGGGCUGUCCCUUGAACUGGGUUAGCCACCCUUUCUGGGUGCAAGUUUGCAGAGGAAGAGUGAGCAGCCUUUGUCAGGGAGGGGAGUGACCCCCAGAAGUGACAAGACAAGGACCAGACUAUGAUCUCAGCAUGGAGUAAGCAUCCUGCUGAAGCAGCCAUAGCACAGCCUCACCUGGGCCUUGUCUGCCACACAUCCUGGAUCCUGGCACCUCCUUCCCAGACAGACUGCUCCAAAGGAUUAAGGAGAGCCCAAAGGAUGGCUACUGACACGCAGAGAAAGAGAAGCAGCGAAUGCCCUGAUGGCACAUUGACUCCUUCUGAUGGACAGAGUGUGGAGAGAGCUGAGAGCCCCACACCAGGACUGGCCCAGGGAAUGGAGCCAGGUGCUGGGCAGGAGGGUGCCAUGUUCGUCCAUGCCCAUUCCUACGAGGACCUGACUGAGUCAGAGGAUGGGGCAGCUUCCGGGGACAGCCCCAAGGAGGGUGCCAGGGGUCCCCCACCGCUGCCUACAGACAUACGCCAGAUCAGCCAGGACUUUAGCGAGCUAAGCACCCAGCUGACGGGUGUGGCCCGAGACCUGCAGGAAGAGAUGCUGCCAGGAAGCUCUGAGGAUUGGCUGGAAUCCCCAGGGGCAGUUGGGCGACCAGCCACAGAGCCCCCCAGGGAGGGCACAGCCGAGGGGGAUGAGGAGGAUGCCACGGAGGCAUGGCGCCUGCACCAGAAGCAUGUCUUUGUGCUGAGUGAGGCAGGGAAGCCUGUGUACUCCCGCUAUGGGUCUGAGGAGGCACUUUCCAGCACUAUGGGUGUUAUGGUGGCCCUGGUGUCCUUCCUGGAGGCAGACAAGAACGCCAUCCGCUCCAUCCAUGCAGAUGGCUACAAAGUAGUAUUCGUGCGCCGGAGCCCGCUGGUGCUGGUGGCGGUGGCUCGCACGCGGCAGUCGGCACAGGAGCUGGCACAGGAGCUGCUCUACAUCUACUACCAGAUCCUGAGCCUUCUUACCGGUGCGCAGCUGAGCCAUAUCUUCCAGCAGAAGCAGAACUAUGACCUGCGGCGCCUACUCUCGGGUUCAGAGCGUAUCACCGACAACCUGCUACAGCUCAUGGCACGAGACCCCAGCUUCCUGAUGGGGGCGGCACGGUGCCUGCCCCUGGCGGCAGCCGUGCGUGACACUGUGAGUGCCAGCCUGCAGCAGGCGCGUGCACGUAGCCUGGUCUUCUCCAUCCUGCUGGCCCGCAAUCAGCUCGUGGCACUAGUACGCCGAAAGGACCAAUUUCUGCACCCCAUCGACCUGCACCUGCUUUUCAACCUCAUUAGUUCCUCCUCGUCCUUCCGCGAGGGCGAGGCCUGGACACCCGUGUGCCUGCCCAAAUUCAACGCAGCCGGCUUCUUCCAUGCACACAUCUCUUACCUAGAGCCUGACACCGACCUCUGCCUGCUGCUCAUCUCCACCGACCGUGAGGACUUCUUUGCAGUCUCUGACUGCCGCCGCCGCUUCCAGGAACGCCUUCGCAAGCGCGGGGCUCACCUGGCCCUGCGAGAGGCACUGCGAACACCCUACUACAGCGUUGCCCAAGUGGGCAUCCCUGACCUGCGCCAUUUCCUCUAUAAGUCAAAGAGCUCAGGACUCUUCACCAGCCCGGAGAUUGAGGCCCCGUACACCAGUGAAGAGGAGCAGGAGCGGCUGCUGGGCCUCUACCAGUACCUGCACAGCCGUGCCCACAAUGCAUCUCGCCCACUCAAGACCAUUUACUACAUGGGCCCCAACGAGAACCUCCUGGCCUGGGUGACGGGCGCCUUUGAGCUCUACAUGUGCUACAGCCCCCUGGGGACCAAGGCGUCAGCCGUCAGUGCCAUCCAUAAGCUGAUGCGCUGGAUCCGCAAAGAGGAAGACCGCCUCUUCAUUCUCACACCCCUCACCUAUUGAUGGGAAUGUGUAUAGGCUCAGCCUUCCUGGGCCCACUGGGUGUGGGAAGCCAUGGGAGCCUCCAGAUGGGGGAUGGCCUCUCUUGCCUAGCCAGCGGGCAGGGACUGUGGGUUGGUGAGUUCAUUAAAGUGCUUUGGGGAAGACA